UGUUUGACAAACAAUUGUCAUUCGACUGUCAUUUAUAACUGUCACUGUGGUUAAUUCAUCCAUCGUACAUAUUUAGGUUUUUUAUUUCUAUUUCAAUUAUUCUAUUAGGAAAAAUAAUAGUUUUGGUGUUUAGAUUUUGUACAGGACAUUGCAAUAAAGAUUACUAAUGUCAAUAAAGUGUGGGACGUACUGUGUGAGAUUUCCGUACAAUAUUGCCUAAGAAACGUGUCACUGUUUUUUACUAGCCGUUGUACAUUAAGAUAUUCUGUAAAAGGAAUGUGAAUUGUUCCCCAUUAUAUUUGGAAAUAAGUGAAUUUUCACAUGGGUGAUGGCUUGGCAGUCGGACACACCUACUGAUGAAAACAGCUACCUACUUCGUUUGAAGAUAAUAGGUGCUACGUCAUUGGCCAAAAAAGAUAUAUUCGGUGCUAGCGACCCCUAUGUGCGUGUGGAAUUGCAGAAACUCGACAGCGACGUCACCCUCGAGACGUUUCUUACAAAAACCAAGAAAAAGACAUUAAAUCCAGUAUGGAAUCAGGAGUUUGUAUUUAGGGUGAACCCCCGCGAGCACAAGCUGCUGAUCCAGGUGUUCGACGAGAACCGGCUGACGCGUGACGACUUCCUCGGCAUGGUGGAGCUGGCGCUGGGCGCCGUGCCCACCGAGAGCGCGGCCGCCGCCCGCCCGCCGCCCCUCAAGUACCCGCUGCGCCCGCGCAGGUCCGUCGCGCGGUCUCGGGUCCGCGGCCAUAUCGAGGUGUACGCGGCGCUGGUGGGGCGGGUGGGCGAGCCGGGCGUGGCGGCGGCCGCCGAGCGCGGCGACGACUGGGAGCUGGUGCACGCCGCGCCCGCCGCCGGCGAGGUUCACUCGGUGCGGACGGUACCAUCCGCCAUCGGCUGCGAUUGGGAGCUGAUCGACGCUUCGGACUUGACGGUGGUGGGUGAUCCGUUACCGCCCGGCUGGGAGGAGCGACAGGACGGCAACGGGCGGACUUACUACGUGAACCACAUCGAGCGGUCCACGCAGUGGGAGCGGCCUACAUUCACCCGCAACCAAAGUGUGGAGUCGCAAGCUGAACGUAUGGAGACGGCGGUCACCGAGUUCCAGCGGCGGUUCCACAUCUCUGCGGACGAGGAGCACUCUAGUCCUGCGUCCUCGCAGCACCAGGAGGAACUAAGCAAUAGAAGCGGCGCGACAAAUUCCACAGAGCCAACGCCCUAUUCGACACCAGUACGUUCGCCAAAACUAGCGACAGAGGGCGCGGAACGUAACGACGGCGAAUCUGAUAACGUUGCAUCGACUAGUUUAAGUGAAACCCACUGUGAUAGUAAUUUAAGGGACAAUUGUGAAGAGGACGACGUUGUGUGCGCCAACGAAGGUGCAGCGCGACUGCAAGAUAUAGCAGAGAACAACGAAACUGAUGAUGCUCAAGCCGAGGAUGCUAGUCAAGAAGUCGAAGCGGUACAGGCUGCAGACGCAGAGCAAAGUAAUGAUAAUGAUGCCAACGGGGAGAGUCAGACUGAGAGAGAGGCAGAAACUAGUGCAGAACAGAAUGAGAUGGCAACAGAGAACGAACACUCCGAGAAUGCGGAGGAGUUUGCAGAGGAAUCGUUGACAUUCGAUGAGAAUCAUUUCAGUACGCCGACAGGGGGCGCUAGUCCGACGAGCUCGCGGCGUAGGUCGGCGAGCUCAGGAUCCGAGGACGAGACCGACGGGUCGACCGAGAGCACGCGCAGCAGCAGCGCGAGUAGUACGCAGAGUCAGAAUCUACCGAACGCUGAUGGAUUACCACCGGGAUGGACGAUGCAGAAAGCGCCUAACGGCAGGAUAUUCUUCAUCGACCACAACCAGAAAACAACGACGUGGAUAGACCCCAGAACAGGGUGCGCAUCAAGCUUGCCGAGUGCGGCGGCGGCGACGGCCGGUGCUGAAGCGGACGAAUUGGGAGCGCUGCCAGAAGGCUGGGAGGAGAGGGUACACACCGACGGCAGGAUCUUCUUCAUCGACCACAACACGCGUACAACCCAGUGGGAGGAUCCGCGGCUAUCAAACCCUCAAAUCGCGGGUCCCGCCGUGCCGUACUCGCGAGACUAUAAGCGCAAAUAUGAGUACCUGAAGAGCCAGCUACGCAAGCCGAGCAACGUGCCCAACAAGUUCGAGAUCAAAGUGCGUCGUAACUCGAUACUGGAGGACUCAUACCGCAUAAUCACCUCCGUGAACCGCAUCGAACUGCUGAAGACCAAGCUGUGGGUGGAGUUCGAGUCGGAAGUGGGACUAGAUUACGGCGGUCUGGCGCGCGAGUGGUUCUUCCUGCUGUCCAAGGAGAUGUUCAACCCUUACUACGGGUUGUUCGAGUACUCGGCGAUGGACAACUACACGCUGCAGAUCAACCCGAACAGCGGCGUCUGUAACGAGGAACACCUGAGCUACUUCAAGUUCAUCGGUCGCGUAGCCGGCAUGGCGGUCUACCAUGGGAAAUUGCUCGACGCAUUCUUCAUCCGUCCAUUCUACAAAAUGAUGCUGAGCAAGCCCAUAGAGCUGCAGGACAUGGAGUCGGUCGACUUGGAGUACUAUAACUCGCUCAUAUACAUCAAGGAAAAUGAUCCGUCGGAAUUGUACCUAACGUUCUCGGUGGACGAGGAACAAUUCGGCAAGACCAUACAGAGGGACCUCAAACCAGGAGGUGCUAACAUACCAGUCGAUGAAGAGAACAAGGAUGAGUAUAUCAAGCUGGUGAUCCAAUGGCGGUUCGUCAGUAGAGUCCAAGAGCAGAUGUCAUCGUUCCUCGAAGGGUUCGGGGCGCUGGUGCCACUGAACCUGCUGAAGAUCUUCGACGAGCACGAACUGGAGCUGUUGCUGUGUGGAAUCCAGCAUAUAGACGUGCGAGAUUGGCGCGCGAACACAUUGUACAAGGGAGACUAUCAUGCCAAUCAUAUAGUGGUCCAAUGGUUCUGGAGGGUAGUGCUGUCGUUUUCGAACGAGAUGCGGUCGCGGCUGCUACAGUUCGUGACGGGUACGUCGCGGGUGCCCAUGAACGGCUUCAAGGAGCUGUACGGCUCCAACGGGCCGCAGCUCUUCACCAUCGAGCGCUGGGGCAGCCCCGACAACUACCCCAGGGCGCACACCUGUUUCAAUCGAAUCGACCUACCUCCAUACGAGAGUUAUCAGCAGCUUCGCGAGAAGCUAGUCAAAGCGAUCGAGGGCUCCCAGGGCUUCGCCGGCGUCGACUGAGCCCCGCACUGGCACGCGCGGUGUCGGACCGCCCCACGUGCGUAUACUGUACGCCUACGUUCUAUUGUGAUAUGUUUACUUGCAGAGUAUUGCGUUUACAGCGUAGAUGAAUACGCUACUAUGCAUAUAGUUUUAAGGAUCAAAUUUGAACGCCGCAAAGUGUGGACUGUACGUUUGAGUGUGGCAAAUGUACUUGUAUGUACGAUGUGACAUUGUAAUGAUGUACAGUCGCAUGCAUUAAUAUAUUGACAAGAUAUAGUGUCAAUAUACACUUUGUAAUUGAUUAGUUAUUGAAAUAUGCAGGGCGCGACAUUCGAUCAGUCAUUUGAGGUCGGUGAAAUAUGUUUUUCUCCUCCAGUGAUAUUUAUCACUCAUGCCUGUUUUAUUUCUAUUAUUCCACCCAUUUUUUCUUUAGUCCUUAGCUGUAUUUUUUUAACAGAAACUGUACAGUGAUUUGAACUCUAUCUUAUACAAAAAAAGCAUGAAAAUUCAUCAGCGCCAUUUGUUCGUUUUUAUAUUGUAUCGUAGCUCGAUUUUAUCGUCGCGAUAUAAUACUAAAGCAAAAUGUAUGGAACUGUAUGGAGAUGCCUUUAAGUUUUCGUAAUCAUGAAUGUGCAUGGUAUGAUAUCGUAGAUGAGUAAAUAAAAGUGUUUGCAUACAAUUGCAUACAUUGCUUUGCAUAUUUGCUUCUCAUUUAUAUCGUGAUAAUGAAAUUGUAUCGUGCUACAUAAAAUAUAUCGUUACGAUAAAAUACAGUGCUGUACCGUGAUACGAUAAAUUGCAACAUCUAAAGGCUACGAUAUCUGCUUACUAUCAGGCGGGUCGUAUAUUUGUUUGCUGUGUAGUAAUAAAUGCGAUAUCCAAAGAUGGUAUUCAGAUAAUAUUAUAGUUUUUUGAGUAUAAAAUGUAGUGGUUUUAUACACACACAGAUAAUUACAGGAUAAUUUCAAGGUACAGAGGCAUAACACCUGAGUCCUCAGGAAUGGCAACGCAUGGGGUGUAUCAUGGGCGAAACAGUAUACUCUGUUAUGUCCAUGGUACUGCUCAUGUCUAUAGGCGACGGUUACCACUUUCUAUCAGGUAGACCAUCGGAUUAUUUGCCGCUUUAAGUUACUUCAAAAAAUAAAUAAAAAAAGGUAGAUACUCUUUAUUGUUUCCUUCAAAAGAGUAUAGUAGUAAACUUAAAUAAAAACAUAGUAAUUUGCGAUAAUGAAUUUUUUUUUUAUAAAAUUUAUAGUAUAUAGGAUCCAUGUUGUUUAGUGAUAUUCAGGUACACUAUUAACCAUUAUCACAGCAGUAAAAUCGAAAAUAUCCACUUACUGUUACACCUUGCAUAACAGCUGAAUUUCUAUGAUUAAGUACCUUCUAAGGUGUUAAUAUAUUAUUGCAUGUCACUGUACUUAAUUUUUUUUUCAACUAAAAUGUCUUGGGAACUGUUAAAAUUAUAAAUAAAAUAUAAUUAUGUUAUUUUAAGCGAACAUACUGACGGUUUAUGUUGUGUAAUGUGAUUGUAUUGUACGCAUUUUUUACGCGGUAAAUAUCGGACGCCAUUUUGUUUACAUUAUGUCCGAUGGAUUAGUUCAGAAAUGUCUAGAAAUAAUUGGAAAGAGAAAGAAAUUUAAUUUUACACGUUAUAAGACGAGAUAUUUAUCGUAUCCUUUCCUCUUUUUAAACCUUCGAUGUACAAUACAUUGUAGAUUUUUUUUUCUCUUAUUUAAAAAUCAUAUAAAACAAUGGCCGCGUAAACUGACAUUUCAAUUGUAAUUUUAUAUCUAAUAUCAAUAGAGAAACAAUGGUAGGACAUUUAAAUACAUAUGUACACGAGAAAUCAAUUAAUUCGCUGUGUUUUUUGUCGUUUCCGACAAUUGUUUCGACUUCAUCCGGAAGCCUUCUUCAGGAGGCGUACGGUGCUUUGAGCCACAGCGUUUCGUCUCGUCUAAAAAAAUAAAAAUAAUGUUGGGACACUUGAUACGACACGACGAACUUAUGAACAUUAUAAUAGAAGGUAAGAUAGAAGGAACGAGGGGAAGAGGGAGACCAAGGCAUAGUUACACCAGGCAGAUCAAGAACAAAGUUGACGUCGUGUCGUAUCAAGAGGUGAAGGGACUCGCUGGAAAUCGUAGUGAGUGGCAAGAGCUCCACCGACAAGAGCGCAGCUCUUUAAUAGGAAUGAAUGAUUCUAAUACUACUGUAUUACACUCCACUAGCUACGAUAUCAGUUCUUGUCGCCUUAUACAUAAGACUCAAAAUCAUUUAUACAAUUUCAACAUACUAUUUGCAUGGCCUGUGUAGGCUUUUUACACUAUCAGUAAUAUGUGGCCAUAUCUAUAAAAUAUAAUUAAAUGUUUUUAAUAUAAAUUAAUUAUAAAUAUAAUUUAUUAUAUCAUAAAUAGGUAUCUAUUAAAUGAUUAUAUAUCUAUAUAAAAAAAUUUCCAAGAAUAUUUUUAUUAUGUGUUAAAUCAUACAGACAUAUUGAUAUUAUAUGUAUGUAUGAAAAAUGAAAUGAUUUAUUAAAAAUCUAUAUAAGUAUUUUAUAUUCCAGUAAUUAAAGGGCAGAUAAUGGGAAAGUCUAAUUCAGCAAGUCUAAAAAUACAUUACGUGUAUGUACUGGAAUACAUCGUGAUAACUAAGUAAAAUUAAAACUGAUUAUGGCAACACUUGUAACUUAUUUUUUUAUUGAAAUUCAGUUAUUAUCAAUUAUUGAUAGUGUAAGAGUCUAAAUGUAAACGAUUUAGUGCUGAAUGUUAUAAAUUUUUUUUUUUUUUUUAUAUAUAUGUAAUUGACAUUAAUUCAGUAUUUACUAUUUUUUAGUGCUGAUGUAAAUAUAUUGAAUGGAGUAUGGGUCGGUGCGUUGAAACUUUGUGAACUCUACAUGUGCUGUAGAAAAAUUAUUCCUAUUAAUAUGUAAUUGACAAAUUUGUUAAAAUAAACUAUGAUUUUGGACAAAAAAAAAAAAAAAAAAAAACUAAAAGCUGACAAGAAAAAAAGAAGACUCAGUUCACUUGUCAGUGCUCUGAUAGAAAUACAAUUUUUAUUAUCCUACCUAAAAUUUGUACAGUAACAUAUUGCUUCUGUCACAUUUUUUUCAACGUAUACUAUCCACUUAUUAAAUGAGAACUACGUAUCAUCUAUUCAAAGCAAAUAUUCUAUUCUAUUUUAAUAUCAAUGAAGACUAGAAGCUUAUAAUUUAUUUUGGAACAUUUUAAAUUGCCAAUAUCUAAUGUAACUGAUAAAAAAUAUGGACGAUUUCUCUAUGCUAUUUAUAUUUUGUUUCAUAGAAUUAUAAGUUAAAAUAAAUACACAUUCCAUUUACUAAAUAGAAUUUUAUACAUAAACCGCCUACGCUUUGAUGCCCUUCAUUGGAUGUGUUCUCAGAAAAUUGCAUUAAUUGUAUCAAUGAAACCGGAAUGUGGAAGUUUAUAAUUAUACUUAAUGUCAUAUAAUCUAGCCCCAUAAAAAUAUCAGACGUGUAAUACACCUGUUUUAGCUAACACAUUGUUUCGACUAUUUCUUUCGCGCUAUAUGGCAAUACGAAAGAAAAUGACAAAACAUAGUUAGAUAGGGUGUAUAUAUGUUUCUAUGAAUAAUGCGGUGAAAUUAUAACUUAUUUACCUACUACCAAUGUCUAAACACGAGUGCCUAUAUUUAAUUUAUAUUUGCUUAUAUUUUGUGGGGUGAAUAGAAAUAGCGAAAUGGUAAAGAAAGUUUAUUGCACCAAAGAUAGAAACAGCGAGGCUUCCGGCGUUUCCUGAUUAGCGUGUAUCAAGGAGCGUGUAUUGGGCUCAGGUUUUAGGUAUGGAUAUAAUUGUUUGCUACAUUAUUUGUGUGUGUUUUUAGCACCAAUAAUAUGACAAACAAAUGUGAAAGAGAGAAUAGAAAAGGAUAGUUGAUUAGAAAUAUUAUGAAAAAUAUUAUAUACAUUAGGGAUAAAUAUGAUAGGUUUACUUACGCAGUCAAUCGUAUUAUUUAAGUAAAUUCGGUUUCGUAUCGGCAAGCUUGAUUGAUAAAAAAGUAGAAGACGUUAAGGAUAUUAGUCCCUCUAGACAAGUGCCAAAGGAAUCUAUCGAUAGAAUCGUUAUCGAUGGGAAUCUACAAGAUAGAAAGCGAGGGCGAAUCUAGUGUCUUGUUCUUUCUCAUUUAAGCGGUAACUGAAACGAACCUAUUGGUAGAUUUGAUAGCGAUCCGUUUAGGGGGACUGGGUAGAAGUAAGAGGCGAUUUGUGUGUUUCUAUUCACCCCCCAAAAUAAAGGCGCGAGAUUGUAUAUAGUAAAGAAUACUUUAGCGUCGUUUUCUAUUAACACCACGAUAAAAAUAGUAGUUUUUAUUUGGAAUUAUUUCAGUAUGUUGCUUGUUAUUAUUUAAAUAAACGCUUUGGCCAAUUUACUUAGCAAUAUUAUCAUAAAAAAACCAUAAGCAAUAAAUGUAUAUAAAUUGUUUAAGGGUUGCUCUCGUAGUAGAGCUGUGGUUUACAAUAUUAUGCCUAUAGUAUAUGUGUAUACGUAGCAACAGAGCCUUACUAAGUCACUAAGGUGCGCAAUAAAGAUGUACUAACUACGAUAGGCUUAGAAUAUUCAAUAUGCUAGAUGAAACAUGGAACAUGGUAAAUAUUAUAAUAAUUAGCUGUGAUCGGUCGAUCUUUAUGUAGCUGUUAGAGAAAGUUAAGCAUUUCGAUCGUGCCCCCCGUGUUGAAUAUUCUAAGGCGGUAGUUUUAUUUUUUCGUUUCAAUUUAAAUGUAAAAAUUAAAUACACGCAAUAUGCCCCAGUAACAUUUAUACAAGACGUAUUGUAAUUUGGUACAGAAUUGAUGUUUUUUGAUUUUACAAAUCAGUUUUUUUUGUCGUCUAUUAAAUAUUUAUUAUAUUGAAAAUCAACGUGAAAAUAAAUGAAACGAAUAAUUGACAGUUUUGAAUUUAGUCCAGUGUGUUUGUUUGUAUUUGCUAAUAAGGAUAGAAUCAUGAACAAAUCAAAAUAUUAAUCGUAAUUACUUGUUAAUUUCCAAACUAGUGUUCGAGCUAUUUAACCUUCGUUGAUUAAAUGAUAUGUUCAGGUUUUAUCUUAUGAUUUUUUUUAAAGUACCUGUUUGAUAAAUUACAAAUGUAAUUUUUAUUUUAUAAUACACUAUAAAAAAAAAAAAAAAAACAUAGAUUUUUAACAUUAUUUCAACUUAUAGUCGACGACUAUUUUAUACCGGAAUUCAUACUAUGUCUGUAAUAAUAAGUCACUAGUAACACACAGGAUAGUUGGAUAAAGCGGGUAAUUUAAAAUCGAAUUUGAUUUACAUCACGCCUUUAUAAUAGAAGUAAAUGUUGGCUUAAUUUUUUUUCUGUUUAAUAAAGUCCGUGAAUAGAAUGGGAAGCUCUUAAAAUAUGUUCAGUGUUUAGAAAGAAUAAUUUAAAAUUUUUGCGCUUAGCGUUUGGUCUGGUUUGGUCUUUAUAUGCUUUAUCAAAUAAAAUGCAUUAAAGUCAAUUUUUAUGUCAAUCCUUACUGUAAUAUGAUUAAGUGUACGUGAAU